AACAAACCGUCGCCAUUGUCUAAUCGCUAGUGCAGUUCAUUGUCGUGUUGUGGUUUGUCUCCGCUCUCUAACGUCGUCCGUUCACGUUCAUCUUUCUCCAGUCGUUCAUUUUAUCUUUCCAGUCACCUUUUACGCGUAAUUUUAUUGAUUUUCGUACUUGUUUCAGUUGAACCAUGGCUCGUACAAAGCAGACCGCUCGUAAAUCUACCGGAGGUAAAGCUCCCCGUAAACAGUUGGCCACUAAAGCCGCCCGCAAAAGUGCACCCUCCACAGGUGGAGUGAAGAAACCUCAUCGUUAUCGUCCCGGUACUGUCGCUCUUCGUGAAAUCCGUCGUUACCAAAAGUCCACUGAGUUGCUGAUCCGUAAGUUGCCGUUCCAGCGUUUGGUCAGAGAAAUUGCCCAGGAUUUCAAAACAGAUUUGCGUUUCCAAAGUGCAGCCAUUGGAGCUUUACAAGAAGCCAGUGAAGCAUACUUGGUCGGUUUGUUUGAAGACACCAAUUUAUGCGCUAUCCAUGCCAAACGUGUCACCAUUAUGCCUAAAGAUAUUCAGUUGGCUAGACGUAUUCGUGGUGAAAGAGCCUAAUUCAUCCAUUACAUUCCUCUCAAGUGUAUUUUUUUUCGUUUGACAAUUUUCCUGGGUUAUCUUUAUACAUAUACAUUUUUUUUUUUCAAAAAAAAAAAUUAAUAAUAACUAGCUAUUACUAUCAAUGUGUGUGUGUGUGUAAUAUUAAUUUGUAGGAAACCUUAAUUUUUUUUAUACAUAUUUAAUUAUAAGCUAAUGUUCAUUUAAAGAGAAUUGUUUUGAACGGCGGUAGCAGCAUUUUAUAUUAUUUAUCUUUAUAUUACAUAUAGUAAAUAUCAUUGUUCAAGUCGUUCAAAAAAAAAAAAA